AUGAUUAUUUUAUACACUCCUGAAUCAGUAGAGGCAGUGCUUAGUAGUAAUACAAUUUUGGAAAAGAAAUUUGAAUAUCGAUUUUUGGGUCCAUGGUUUAAGUCUGGUUUAAUUACUAGUAAAGGUACUAAAUGGCGUAUAAGACGUAAAUUGUUAACACCAUCUUUCCACUUUCGUAUAUUAGAAGAUUUCCUUCCAAUUAUAGACUAUCAUAGCCUGAUUUUGGUCCAAAAUUUACGAUCAAAAGUUGGCCCACAACCUAUAAAUAUAGUCUACUGGGUGACAUUAUACACUUUGGACAUUCUAUGUGAAACAGCAAUGGGUAAGCAAAUCCAAGCUCAAAAAAAUAUAAAUAAUCCUUAUUUGGAGGCUCUAAGGAAGGCUUCUGAGAUAUUUUUAUCGAGAAUUUCGAAGCCUUGGUUAUGGUAUGAUACGAUAUUUCAACUCAGUUCAGAGGGGAGGACUUUCAAGCGUUGUGUGGACGUUAUGUGCAACUUUUCAAGAAAGGUAAUUUGCGAGAGAAAACGAGAAUUAUUAUCUGAAGUCGAAGGCAAAAGUUACAAGAAUGACAAUGUUAUAAGAAAGAAGAAAGCAUUCCUUGAUCUUCUUCUUCAUCAUCACUUGCAAGAUGGAUCGUUAACUGAGGAGGAUGUUAGAGAAGAAGUUGACACUUUCAUGUUUGCUGGUCAUGACACUACAGCAGUAGGACUUUCAUGGACCCUCUAUUUAAUUGGGGUUUAUCCAGACGUGCAGGAAAAACUUAAGGAAGAGAUAGACUCUAUUUUUGGUAACGAUAAAGGAAGAGAAGUGACUAUAGAAGAUUUAAGACAAUUAAAGUAUCUUGAAUGCAUCAUUAAGGAAAGCCAACGUCUGUACCCAUCCUUACCACUUAUAGGAAGGGAAAUUCGAGAAGACGUGACGAUCAAUGGUUUUAAGAUUCCUGGAGGAACAUCCUGUUUAGUAGCGACAUAUAUACUUCAUCACAAUCCUGACGUCUAUCCUAAUCCGGAAAUAUUUGAUCCUGAUCGUUUCCUACCAGAAAAUAUUACUGGACGACAUCCUUAUGCAUAUAUACCUUUCUCAGCAGGGCCAAGAAAUUGUAUCGGUCAACGUUUUGCCAUGAUGGAACUGAAAGUCGCGAUUGCUCAUGUUAUGAGAAACUUUACCAUUCGCUCUCUAGAUCAUCGAGAUAAGCUUCAUCUGACAGCAGAGAUGGUACUUAGAUGCUCUGAAGGAUUGAGAAUCACUUUGGAGGAACGUUAAAGAAGAUCUGACUUCUUACACUAGGAAAAUAAAUGAAGACAGUUCUUUGUUCUCACUCGCUAUCGUUUAGGUUUUGCAAGAGAGAACACAAAGUUAAUUCUUGUAGACAUUAAUGGCUUUAAUCUCCUGUUGUUAUAGAUCAAAUAUUGUAC